GAAUUGACAGCAAUCAAACGUGCUCUACAAGAACAUAUCGACUUGGAUCCGCGGAGUACUUUACGCGUGCUUUGCGAUCAAUGUAGCUCCGAUCCGGGAGACAUUGUAGAUGGCGAAGAACGCAUGCUCCGGAUACGAUUACGAGGGUUGGUACUCCAGUUUAUCGCAGAGAAGUAUCGCGUAUGCAUAGCGAGAGUCGUGAAGGAACGUCAAGUGGAGGAAAUUCUGUUGAACGGCAUGCUUGGGGUGAAUCAGUCCAUGUCGUCUCUUGUUACCUACUCCUGCUAA